AGGGCGGGAGGCGUGCCCGCGAUGCGCGCUGCGCAAGGCUGGUUGUUGUUCCCGCAGAGAGGCGAGAAGAUGGCGGCCGUGUCAAGCGGAGAUGCAGCUGGGUCCGCUGCGGCCGGGAUUACGCACUCUACCCGACCGGCCCACGCAGGCAUGGGCGCCCAGAACCGAGCACAGCCAUCCUCUGGGAUCAGCCACUCCAAUCGACCUACCCCGGCUGCGGGGUGCAUCACCAACCCCGGCCAUCCCUUGGCCAGCAGGCCCCCCCCAGCCCGAGUGGGCUACUACGAAAUCGAGCGGACCAUCGGCAAGGGGAAUUUCGCUGUUGUUAAAUUGGCAACACACAUCAUCACCAAAGCAAAGGUGGCCAUCAAAAUAGUGGACAAGACCCAGCUGGACGAUGAGAACCUGAAGAAGAUCUUCAGGGAGGUGCAGAUCAUGAAGAUGCUGAGGCACCCUCACAUCAUUCGUCUCUACCAGGUAAUGGAGACCGAGAGGAUGAUCUACCUGGUAACAGAGUAUGCCAGUGGCGGGGAGAUUUUUGACCACCUGGUGGCCCACGGCAGGAUGGCGGAGAAGGACGCGCGGCGGAAGUUCAAGCAGAUCGUGGCGGCCGUCCACUUCUGCCACUGCCGCAACAUCGUCCACCGAGACCUGAAGGCCGAAAACCUGCUCCUGGAUCACAACCUCAACAUCAAGAUUGCAGACUUUGGCUUCAGUAACCUGUUCUCCAGAGGUCAGCUACUAAAGACCUGGUGUGGGAGUCCUCCCUAUGCUGCCCCAGAGCUCUUCGAAGGGAAGGAGUACGACGGACCCAAAGUGGACAUCUGGAGUUUGGGCGUGGUGCUGUAUGUUCUGGUGUGCGGUGCCUUGCCGUUUGACGGCAGCACCCUCCAGAACCUGAGGGCCCGGGUGCUGAGCGGGAAGUUCCGCAUCCCCUUCUUCAUGUCCACAGACUGUGAGUACCUGAUCCGACACAUGCUGGUGCUGGAGCCCAGUAGACGCCUCUCCAUGGAGCAGAUCUGUAAGAACAAGUGGAUGAAGCAGGGAGACCCCGACCCAGAGUUUGAGAGGUUGAUAGUGGAAUGUGAGCAGGUGAAGUCUGAGCGGGAGACCGAGCUCAUUAACGAGCAGGUGCUGAUGGCCAUGUCUGAGAUGGGACUGGACCGCGAGCGCACACUCCAAUCUCUGCACACGGAUGCGUACGAUCACUACAGCGCCAUCUACAGCCUGCUCUCUGACCGCCUGAAGAAACACAAGACCCUGCGCGUGGCCCCGCCCACGCCACGCCCCAUUGGCUACCCUCUCAACGCUGUACAGACGGAUCAGCAGGGUAAUCCCGUUAGCAUGAAUGUCCCUCACGUCCAGCUGAUCAACCCAGAGAACCAGAUCGUUGAGCCGGACGGAAACAUGGCCCUGGACAGUGAUGACGCGGAGGAGCCGUCUCCAGAGGCCAUGGCUCGCUACCUGUCCAUGAGGCGUCACACUGUGGGCGUCCCAGACCCCAGGACGGAGAUGCAGGAGGAUCUGCAGAAGCUUCCCCCUGGGUUCCCCCGUGUGGCCCCCCAGCCCCCCUUCCCUAUGCCCCCCACCAUGGGCCACAUGCACACACUGAUGCCCACCCAGAACCCACACCUGCAGCCCACACAGCAGCUGGAAUACAAGGAGCAGUCCCUGCUGCAGCCCCCCACCCUGCAGCUGCUGAAUGGCAUGGGACCCCUGGGCCGCAGGGCCUCGGAUGGUGGGGCCAACAUCCAGCUGCACGCCCAGCUACUGAAGAGGCCACGGGGACAGUCCCCUCUGGUCGCCAACCCUCACCCCAUCCCGGCUGUGGCUCCGGUGGAUGAGGAGGGUUCUGACGGGGAGCCCGACCAGGAGGCGGUGCAGAGGUACUUGGCGAACCGCUCCAAGCGGCACACGACGCACGCGCUCAUGAGCACGGCGCACGGCGGUGAGCCGCUGGCAGACUCGCAGAGGCCCCAGGGCUCCCGACAGAGGGGGUGGGCCCCGGAGCAGCACUGCCGGUCCAUCUACAAGGACUGUAACACCCUGCACUUGCCCAUGGAGCGUUUCUCCCCUGUGAGGCGCUUCUCCGAUGGGGCCACCACCAUCCAGGCCUUUAAGACCCACCUGGAGAACAGCAGCCUCAUCAGGCAGCUCAAACAGGAGUGUGAGCAGCUGCAGAAGAUGUACGCUUUCCCCCAGGACGAGCGGCUGCUUGAGCACACACAACAACAGCAUUUCCUGUACCAGCAGGAGCAGCAGAUUCUACACCAGCAGAUACAGGCCCUGUCUUUGGGACACGGAGACUGCCAGCCCAGUCACCUUACCCACCAGCUCCAGAGGUUGCAUAUCCAGCCCUCCAGCCCACCGCCUACACAUGCCAGCAACCACCUUUUCAGACAGCCCAAUCAGAGUCCCCCUCCAACAGCGAUGAUGCAGGGGCAUGGUGUACCAUCAGCGGUGCAGUACCAGCACGCCCCCGCCCUCUACCAGCCCUCCAGCGGGAGUCCCCCCCCUUGCGGCCUUUGCCCCGUCACACUGCCCCCCCAGCAGCAGCAGCCCUGCUCCUCUUCCCGUGGGGGGGGCGUCCCCAUGCCCCAGCAGCAGGUGACUAUCCAGGUGCAGGAGGUGGAGCUAGGAGGGGGCGGGGCCCUGCAGCGCCAGCAGCAGGCUUUCCUUUCCACGCCGUGCUCUCACCGGGUCCUGGGGAAGCAGCUGAGCGCAGACAAUGCCGAGACCCACAGUCGCAGCCUCGGACGGUUCAACACGUACGACCAGGCCGCCUUCAACCCCCAUCUGUUCGGCGAGGGGUCUCGGCCAUCGGGGGUGGUGGGUGGCUACAACCCCUACCUCCAGGGGACCUCCCUCAAGGUUCCAGGGAUGGAGGGCUACCAGGGUGGGGUGGUUGGUGGCGCUGGAGGCGGGGGCUACGGGAGCCCCUCUGCCCUGCAGCAGGCUCUCCUCUCCCCCACCCCCCUGGAGUACCGGCCCCAGCAGCACGUCACCCCCACCCUACAGGGUCUCCUCUCCCCCCGCCACUCCCUGACGGGCCACGCCGACCCCCGCCUGCCCCCCCAGGACCUGGCCUCCCUGCUGAAGAGGCAGAGCCCUCGUCCGGCACCCCCCAAUUCCCCCAACGUGCCCCAGGACUACACGGAAAUGCUGCUGCUGCGCCAGCUCGGCCAAGGGGAGUCUCUGGAGCCGGGAAGCCCCUACCACCACCUCCUCCAGAUCAGGCCCCCAGAUGUCCAGCCCCCCAGCCUGCCCCACUCAGAGAGCAUGGAGGAGGAUGACCUGCCACCCGGCUACCAUGAGGGUCUCCUGGCCAAGGCCCAAGGCUGUGGGGACGGCCAUGACCUGCUGGGCCCCCCCCAGGGAGGGACGCCCCCCUACAACUCCCCCACACACAGACACGGCUACAUCAGGAGCACCACCACAACCAGAGACAAUGAGCAUGUUGACUGCAGGACCCAGGGGCAGCAGGUUAUGGAGCAGGGCGUGCCUGACCGUAACGGAGUGGGCUACUCUACCAGGGGCCCCCAGGGGGACGGCUAUCGGCCCCGGGGCCAGCUACAGCGCCACCACACCAUCCAGACCUGCGACGAUGCCUAUGACCAGGCCGAGCCCAUGUCUGGGAUGAGCCUAUUGGCUGGCAAGGCUCUGAGCUCCGCCCGCAUGUCUGACAUCCUCAGCCAAUCAUCUCUGACAGGAAGCCAGCAGCUCCACCAGCGGGAAGAGUCAGUAUGUGACGUGGAGGGAGAGCUCCACGCUGGAGCCUGCUACCCGUCGUCCUGCACCAGCAACAUCCUUCAUAGCUACAAACCCCCAGACCUGCAGUACAGCAUGGAGCAGGCCGGGGUCUAACACAGGAGCGUCUUCUGUGUAUAAAGGUCCACAUCAGCCACCUGUGUUGAGCAGCAUCACGCCAAACCGCCAUUGUCUGUCUGGAGGGGGCGCUGUCCGUCAGUCAUGGGGCUUGGGGGAGGGCAGGCAGCCUGCAGGCUGCAGCCCGGGGUGGGUGGGGGGGGAUUGGCUGGGCGAGGGGAGUGGGUUCAAUGGCAGCAUUCUGUUCUGCAUAGCCAUCUAGCAAGCAUUGCCAUCAUUGGCUCUCUCCAUUUCUGCUCUUCCGUCUGAUUGGAUAGAUUGAGCUCUGCUUCCCCCAUUCACUUCUUCCUUCCUACCCCCUUGCGGUCCCGCUCUCCUGCCACCCUUACCCCCCCUCCUCCUCCUAACUGUUGCCAUAGCAACACACUCAUGCGCCUCAAUGUCCCAGACAUUCAUACAGGCAAAACGUAGAGAUAACAUAAACUUACACAUGCACACACUCAGCCACAAACCCAAAGUAUUCACACCAAGUCUGUGCGCAGGGAUUCCUGUGAGGUUCUGUCCGCUCCUCCCUCUCCCCUCCACUGUAUUCCAGUGGACCAUUCCGGAGCGGGCUGUGAUCUCAGAGCCUAUGAGGCUCUCUCUCUCUCUGAGUGACCCAUUCCAUUGGGCUUGCAGGGGUGGGAUUGGGUCAGGCUCAGAGGCGCUAAAAAACAUAACAAAGGAGCUCAGUGACAUCGAGGAUCGCACAGCACAACCAGCUCUCAUUUUUUAUUUUGUUUUCCUGUUCUGUUCUUUUGAUUCAUUGUUUUUAAAAUUCAUUUUUACGGGCUAAUGUUCAUCUAGAAAUUAUGAUCAUUAUUGUUAUUACUGUUUUCUGUAAAAUAAUUAUUGUUAUUAUGAUUAUAAUGAGAAUUAUUAUUAAAGGAGAAAAAAAACUGUUCUGUGUUGCAAGGAAGACAACAUUUAAGUUUUGAUUACUUAAGUAAUUCUGCACUUUCGGUUCAAGCUAUCUUUAAUUCUUUUCCCUGUUUACCCUCCCAUACUGCCUUCUCCUUUUCUCACUCCCUUGUUCUCUCUUGUUUUAUGCCCUUCUCUGCCCCCCCCCCCCUCCCGUUCUUCAUUCCAUCCUUCUCUAUCCCUCUUUUUCCACUCCCCAUCACUCCCCUGCCACCUUUUGUGACAGUGUGGCAUUGUGUGUAGUUUUAACAGACAUGCUUCCCCUUCCUCCCCUGUACAGCGACACCAUGUAUAGACCACAAUUGCUGUAUCCCAUUUUUUCGGUGGGGGUGUUGGGGAGGCAUUUUUUAUAUUAUUAUUAUUUGUAUUUUUUGGAUGUCUUCAGAUAUCUUCUUUUUUUUCUCUUCUGAAUAUUGAGAUUUUUAGCCAAAAGAGUACAGGGAGAAAAUUCUCCUUCGUUGUCAUAAAAAAAGAUUGUUCUUAUUGUUUUAUUAUCGAGACACUUGAAGAGGAGAGUGGUUAUUUGUUACUUUUUAUCAUUUCAAUCAUUGAUCUCGUCGUCGUUGUUAUUGUUCUCUGUUUUUUUGGGGUAGAUUUGGUAGGCAAUGAGUUGUGGGGUGGUUCGGUGCUGGGAAUGCAGUCAUUGAAACGGAGGGGAACUGUAAUAUAGCUGACCUAUCAUCACCAUCAUCGUAAAACAUUUUAGAGGCGGAGAUGGACAGACCCCUUUUCCACUCGUUCCCCCGAUCUGCAGUGGUACCCUCCGUCUCGGACCUCAUCGCCCCCUUAUUGGCCAACACACACUGGACAUUGCCUCUUCUCCCGACUCUGGCCCAGCUACGGCCACAUCCAAGGAGGAGACUACUACUCUGCACAUGUGCUGCCUCCCUUUUCUAUCUCUUUCUCACUCUCUCGUUCCCUCCCUUCGUCACAUGAUCAUCAAGUGAGACCUACUCCAGUCCCAAUCCUGAAUUCAGUCCUUCAUCUCUUCAGAGGGAGAGAAAUGAGGAACUGACCAGAGACAGCCCGUUUGCUUCAGUUUGACCCCAGCGCAGUAUGUACAGUUCAGAUAGUGAGCAGAGGGGGUGGGAGAAUGAUCCGCCUCCCUAUCCCCACCUUGUCUGCAGGACUCCCAGUGCAUCAUGGUCCAGCGAGGGACUGUGAGUGUGUUGCUGAUGAGUGACCACCUCGUUGUCUUCUUCCUGGUCUGUUUCUGUCUGACUUCCCUCUCAUCAUCUGUAAACCGGCUCUUUGCUCGGCACCUGUAUCCUAUGUUCUCUUUUUCUAUUGUUUAUUUUGUUUUUGGGAGUACAAAAAUACUAAAGUGCAACAACGAUGAUUAAAUAGAAUACCAACCAAACUGAGAUUAAUUAAAUACAUAUAUAUAAAUAAAUAAUUUAAAAAGACAA